GCUCAGGCGGCCAUCUUUGGAUUGCUCGAGGCAAGUUCGUGUCGUCAAUGCUAUGCAUACUGUUGUUGUUUGGAUUGUCCUCGGCGGGCCACCGUAUUUCCGUAUAGUCAAGUUACUGUGGGCAUGUUAGCGGUGCUGGUACAGAGAAGGUAUGAGCUGUUAUGUAGUGUGUGCUUAAUGCUUUAUUGAUGCCAUUCAUUUUUUAGCUUCGUUAUAUCAAUUUCUUUACGUAUAUUAUCUGUAUAAUACACUAUUAAUGGUAAAUAACCAUGCUCUUUCUUACUCCUGUUAAAUCAGAGAAUGCCUUCACUUACCCUGUGGGGUAAGCAGUAGUGAAUUGUUUUGGCAGGGACUGACUGAUGCCCAGUGACAUUAACUUGGAAAUACUAUUUUCAUUUGUGAGGUGAGCUCAGUGAUCCCUACUUUAAAUGUGAUCCAUUAUUCCUUAAAUUAAUUAGUUUGUAAUUGUAGAAAGGAUCUCUAUUACAUUUGGAAAGAUAGUGCGGCUACAGUAAAGUGGACAGGUAUAUGGGGCCCAGUAAAUAUAAUGUGUCUGUUCCAACCAAUUAAAAUAAUUUGUGGAGGCAAUUUUUAAAAUACAAAUUUAGGGGGUUAGUAUAAGCGGGGAGCUUGGGCAGGAGGUUUGGGUUACAGUCUUCCAUCCCCAGUCUAUUGGUUAACUAAGCACCAAAAGAACUAACUUAAAAGGAUACUGUUGGCGAAGUGGACUGGGUGCACUGUCCUUUGUAACGGACCUUUGGUCUGUUAUCUGAUGCUGGACGUCCCCACGCUCUUAAUGAGGAUCUCUAGUGUCAGAUUUUUCCCCAUAGGAAAGCAUUGAAGAAAUCCUAAUGCGAACGCGGCAAUUGCCACGCAUGUGCAUUAGGUUUCCCCUGCCAACGUCAGCCUGAGGAGCGUGAGCGGAGCCUGACCCAGCGCCGGUGCUGGACUCAGAUAAGUGGGGGCAUGAGGGAGAAGGCACUGCAGGGUUCUAUAUUGCCAGGAAAACGGGUUUGUUUUCCAGGCACUAAAGAAUCCCUUUAAGGGGGCUCUCUUACCUAAAAACAUCUUUUUCACAAGGAAGUUGUUUUGAGGGCUGGUGCCAUCGAGGCUCUGGACGUUCCCCACAGAGAUGCAUUGAUUCAGUGCAUCUCUAAGAGGGGAUGCUGAUUGGCACAGUGUUUUCCUGCGCAUGCGCAAUAACCUUCUAUUGCUUUCCAAUGGGAAAGUAUUGGAUUGGCUUAGAUCAUCAAGAUUAAUGAUCUCAGCCAUGGAGGUGGAGUCAUCUGCUGCAAGACAAGCGGCAUCGUAGAAAAUGUGAGCAAAAACUCCUUUCAAUUAGUUCAUUAGUGGACUAGAAUGUCACUUUGACAUAUUCCUUGCCUUUAAAUGCUUUUCACUUUUAUAGUAUGAAAUAUCCUGCAUGCAAAGUAAGUUCAAAGAGAAUUAUAACUAUUAGGCCCCAGUAGCCAACAUGGAACCAUUGCUGACUUUGAUAACGUUUCUUUUCAGCUAUUUUGGCCUAAAAUUUGAAAUUCACAAUUGUAUUCCUAAUAAUUCACACUUAUAUGAAUACCUUUUGAAAGUUUUGAAAUUGAGCAGUUCACCUGAAUAUUCCAGUUAAACUCUGAUUUCGCUGCUUUUAGAACUUUGUUCUACAAAUGCUCCCUAUAAAUAAUCCUUACUGUAUCAGUGCUCUAUAGAACCUGAUGAACAACAUCAUAAAAAUACUAGUAAAAUAUAUACUACUGUUAUAGUCUUUACAUUUGAUAGUACCUUGAGCCAGGUCAGUGAAUGAAGAACAUAACUGCUGUAUCUCAAGGUUUAUUCACUAAAGUGAAGGAGAUAAAAUAGCCAAGAUGCCAAAGUGGUCAGCUGACGCUCUUAUUCAAUCAAAGCCAUGUAUUGCUGCUUAGGCUAAUGCUUUCUUAUUAGUUGGAGCAGUUGGGAGGGGAUGGGCUGCAUUGGACUCUUGUGUAAAACUUUAAAAAUGGUUUAACACUAAAUGGAAGGACAGCACCAAAGGCCUCCAUUCAAUGAGAUAAAGCAGUUGCAGUGUCCACAAUGGGCCUUUAAAUUUCCUAAUAUAUUUUGGAAAGUAAUUAUUUGUAUUAAAUCAGUGCUUAGGGACAUGGUUACUAUAAUAUAUCAAAUAUAUCUAUUUGCCCCUUACCUUUCUUUACAGUUGUCCUCUGUGAUGGCUGCCAUCUCUAUAAACUCCUUCAUGUGGCCCACAGCUAAGCUGACUUAAGGAACCUAGCCACAAGGUAGGAGCUGCGCACGCAUUCAGCCAGUCCAUAGGAAAGCAUUCUCAAUGCUUUCCUAUGGAUGCUGGCGUCUUCUCACUGUGAUUUUCAAGAGACAGCCACUGGAGGCUGGGUUAACCCUAACAUAAACAUAGCAGUUUCUGUGAAACUGCUAUGUUUAUAUAAAAAAAAAAAAAAAGGGUGGGGGGGGUUAACCCUAGCUGGACCUGGCACCCAGACCACUUAAUUAAGCUGAAGUGGUCUGGGUGCCUAUAGUGGUCCUUUAAGCUCUCCCUCCUGAGAUUUUCUAGAUCAUGGCUAUCUUCAAAUCUUUAAAAUCCUCGACAAAACCUAAAUCCAUUUAAGAUUUAAUUUUUGUAAUGCAUAUGGUUAACAUAAGGAUCACAUUUAUGAUUUAGAAAAGUUAGGGUUUAACGUUUUCACAGAUUUUAAAGCUACCAGGCCUGCACAGAUAACUGUGUAACAUUUAUUUUCACAUUUGACCUUUAAUUUUGCUUGUGUUUCAACUUUAACUGAUUUUUAUUUACUUGCAGCCAUGAGUAAAAGAAAUCAGGUAUCCUACGUGAAGCCGGCAGAACCCACAUUUCUGGCAAAGUUUAAGAAAGAUGUUGGAUUCAAAGCAGGUCCAACAGUGGACACCAAGGUACAUCUUGGCCUUCUAUUAAGUUAAUUUUAAUCUAUUUGCCAUUACUGAGGUUCAUUUAAAAUUUAAAUACAUGUUUUAAAUAGAUUUCUUGUACAUUUUUCUAAAGCAACAUGACACAUGCACAAAGUCUCUGUACUGAGACCAGUUACACAUUCACUGUGUAUUGAGGCUUACUACACAUUCACUAUGUAACGUCAAAUUCCAUGGGCUAGGGACUUUUACAUUCAUAACUGGCAUGAUUUGGGGGGUUUUUUUCUGACUGACAAAACUUAGCAUUUUUUUUUCUAGGUCUGGAUGUGGCAUUUGUAGGAACUUUGUCAUGAAUAAAUUACUAAGUCCUGUUGUGUAUAGAGUGCCUAGUGUUUUCUUCACAUUGUGACUGGAAAAUGAAUAGGUAUGACAUUAUUUUACGUACUUUAGAUGUCCUCAAUAUAACUGGAUUCUUAAUCUUUCUGGAAGCAAUUGAAGCAGCUGCAUGAUGUGCUCAGAGUCAGUUUCUGCCAUAUCUUAAGUGCCACUGUGCUCUGUACUAGUUGGUUUCCUAGUGAGAACGUCCCCUUCCUAAAGGCUUACUAGUGACUGCAUACCUAGGAACACUGGUUUUCAUCAAGUUAGUAGGAAUGUGGUCCUUUCAAAGGGCAGUGGUAGUUUAGGUCUAGUUCUGCCUACUUUGAUGAUUGUCCUCCUUUUAGCAGUUGUUGUUGUAGGGUUUUUUUUUUUUUUUGUGUAUGUGCAGAUUGUUCCCCAUUUUCUUCCAGGAUUUGUCCCUUUGCUUACCUUGGAACAGGGAGAUGAUCUGAGGAGGUCCCAGGUACUGGCUGGUGACCCCUUCAUUCUUAUUUGCCCUGAAUAUUCAGUAACCAUCCUGUUUCCUAGGCCAAAUAUACAUGGACGGACCUCUGCUAUUUGUGGCUGAAUCCUUUUGUAUGUCAAAUAGAGAAGUACAUAUUCAGGAUGUUUCAAAACGAUGAACCCAAAUUCAAAGCCGUAUAUUUCACGAUGGCAACAUAAAAUUACACCAAAAGCAUACAAACUGUUUAAUGAGCUAUCAAGUUUUACAAAAAAAGUAGUUGAAUUCAUCCCAAGUGGCUUUCAAAGUGUAUUCUUUUACUAAAGUCACCGUUGCCACGAUUCUGUUUUUGAGGUCAUCCAGAUUAGUCGCUAAUGGUGGGACAAAAACACCAUCUUUGACAUAUUGACACGAGAAAAAGUUACAGGCUGUAAUGUCUGGAGAUCUUGAGUGCCAGUAGUGUAGCACCAAGUCUUGGGGUACUGUGCGAGCUCUCCAACGUUGAGGCAGUGUUGUCAGUAUAAUUAUAUUGGCAGACAUAUUGUGCUAAAAUAGAAAUUAAAAGUGUCUACUGCCAAUCACACUUAAAACAAAGCUGACUCCAUUUUGUAUCUUAGGGCUAAGAAAGACACAAAAUUUCUUGCUUUCUGUAACUCCAGCCAUUCAAGCCUGAGCUAAGGAAUGCGUUAUGUAAACAAGCAAGUGAUAAGGAAUGAAGUCUCACAGCAAGGAUGGGGGUGGAAUACAACCCGGAGAGACAGUUGUAUACAUAAUAAAAAUCUCUCUCUCUCUCUCUUUCUCUUUCUCUUUCUCUUUCUCUUUCUCUUUCUCUUUCUCUUUCUCUUUCUCUUUCUCUCUCUCUCUCUUUCUCUCUCUCUUUCUCUCUCUCUUUCUCUCUCUCUUUCUCUCUCUCUUUCUCUCUCUCUUUCUCUCUCUCUUUCUCUCUCUCUUUCUCUCUUUCUCUUUCUCUCUUUCUCUUUCUCUCUUUCUCUCUUUCUCUUUCUCUCUUUCUCUUUCUCUCUUUCUCUUUCUCUUUCUCUCUCUCUCUCAUACACUUAAUUACUAUUAUAUUAAACACAUAUAAUUAGUAUCAUGUUAAUAAUAUAGACUAUUCAUUGAUAAAUAUCAAUUAAAAAUAUCAUAUUUAAUAAAUGUUAGUGGAAUAGAAAUAAUCCUACACACAGCUUCACACAAGAAAGCCAGAUAACAGUUACAGAUAAUACUUAGUAAUUAAUUUUACUUUCUAAAUCUUACAAAGUCCCAUUGUAAGCAAGGGGUGAAAUUAAGGUUUAGACAUGUCAGAAAGUAGAUUUACGGGUCUAUGCCCAACACAAAGUCUUGGGAAAACCUUUUGAAGCUGACAGCAAAUUUGAGUUAUGGUGGCCAUUUAGAUAAGGCAAAAUUAUGUCAAAAUCAUUAUCAAAUUUAGUUAACUCUUUGCAGGACAAGAAAUUUUGGUGAUGUAAGGGCACCAUCUACUGACCGAAAUCUAGAUGAUAGCCUGUUUUGUAGACACACCUACAGCUUCCUAUUGGUCUUAUCAGAUAAUGACAUGCAAAGAGUUUGGCCCUUUAAAAAGUAAGAACAAAGGGAAGGGACGAAGAUGCAGGACAGCAAUUCCGGGAACACACUCUGGGACUGACACUCAACUUUCAAAUUAUCUUGGACAAAACUCGAGAAACACUUCCUGGACACUUUAAAUUUUACUAUCUUUCUAACCAACGCCACUUUUCUAUUACAGUCAAUCCUGUAUUUUACAUAUCAAAGGUUUGAUUGCGGGGGUUAAUGAAUCUACAGAAUGGUAACAUGUUGCAUGAAGACUAAAAAUUCUAUGUACCGUAUAUACUCGUGUAUAAGUCGAUCUCAUGUAUAAGUCGAGUGCAGUUUUGUGACCAACAAUUGGGAAAUAUGCUAUGCCUCGUGGAUAAGUCGAGGGUAAAACUUGGGGCUAUGAAAUUCUGUGAUUUUUAUAAUUAUAUACACACACACUCAUACAAACACACACUCUCUAUUAUAUACACACACACACUCAUACAAACACACACUCUGCAUUAUAUACACACACUCAUAAUGCAGAGUGUGUAUAUAAUGCAGAGUGUGUGUUUGUGUAGUGUGUGUAGUGUGUGUGAACUGGGUGGGAGGAGGGCAUUUUUAUUAUUUUAAUUUUUUUUAUUUUAAUAUUAUUAUUUUUUUAUUAUUUUAAUUUUUUUUUGUCCCCCCUCCCUGCUUGUUAACUGGUCAGGGAGGGGGGGUAAGUAACAUCUCUGCCAGCCCCCUCCUCCCCCACUGAACUGCCAAUGCCACUGGACCACCAGGGAAGGAGAGCCCCCCUCCCUGCCAUGUAUCAAGCAGGGAGGGGGGACAACAAAAUAAAUAAAAUAUAAAAAUAAUAAUAACAAAAUAAUAAAAAAAAAAUAUAACAAAAAAUAAUUAAAAUAAUAUUAAUUUUUUUUUAAUAAAAAUGCCCACCCCCCACCAAGGCUCUGCAACACAAACACACACACACACACUGCAUCACACACACACACACCAUGCACUCAUACACACACACUGCACUCAUACACACACUGCACUCAUACACACACACUGCACUCAUACACACACACUGCACUCAUACACACACACUGCACUCAUACACACACACUGCAUUCAUACACACACACUGCAUUCAUACGCACACUGCACUCAUACACGCACACUGCACUCAUACACGCACACUGCACUCAUACACGCACACUGCACUCAUACACGCACACUGCACUCAUACACGCACACUGCACUCAUACAAACACUGCACUCAUACAAACACUGCACUCAUACAAACACUGCAUUCAUACACACACACUGCAUUCAUACACACACACUGCAUUCAUACACACACACUGCACUCAUACACACACUGCAUUCAUACACACACACUGCAUUCAUACACACACACUGCAUUCAUACACACAAACUGCAUUCAUCAUAUAUACACACACUGUAAAUAAAUAUUCAAUUAAUAUAAUUUUUUUAGGAUCUAAUUUUAUUUAGAAAUUUACCAGUAGCUGCUGCAUUUCCCACCCUAGUCUUAUACUCGAGUCAAUACGUUUUCCCAGUUUUUUGGGGUAAAAUUAGGGGCCUCGGCUUAUAUUCGGGUCGGCUUAUACUCGAGUAUAUACGGUACCUUUCCUGCAGCUCCUGUCACCUCCCUUCUCCUCCGUUCCGGUCAGCUCCACUGUAAGUCUCGCGGUCUGGUUGCCGCACGGAUCGUUGCCAUGGCUCUGACGGCCGCGGCUCUCUAAGUUGCCAUAAUCAGAGUCAGACAGUGACUCGAGUAUAAGUCGAGUGGGGGUUUUUAAGCACAAAAAAUGUGCUGAAAAACUAGACUUAUACUCGAGUAUAUACUGUAUUUUCCUUUUUUAUCGAAAUCUUGUAGAUCUUGAUAUGGUUUGUGCUUAUUAUGAUUUAAUAUUUCCCCCCACAGCGACAGGAACUUCCGGUGUUUGGGGAUGAAGACGAUGGCAGUGAUAAGGAGGAUGAAAGACCACAGGUGGUAGUCCUUAAGAAAGGUGAUCUUUCAGAAGAUGAAGUUAUGAAAAUUAAAGAGCAAAUUAAAGGGACCUCAAAAGGUUUGUUUGAUAAAAGUAUUUGUCAAUCUAUUGACCCUCAAAUGUUUUUUUUAAUCAGUGAAUCCUUUUGUAGGACUUUGAAAGAGCUUAGCUAUGCAUCUUUGCUUGCACUGUGGUUUCAGUUUAUUGACACAAUUUGCUGUAUCCUUAGAUACCUGUAACUAAGUAUAUGUAUAUAUCCACUUGCAAACAAAUAUUAGCUUUGCUUAAAUUCAGGACAAAUCCCCAGAUUCAUUAUUCAUGAAACAUUUCUUACUUAUUUUGUUCCAUCAUUAUUAAUUGUUCAAAAAACAAAACAAACUUUGUAGGUGUUGUAUCUGCUGCAAUGGCAAAAUCAGCUUUUAAACCACAAGAGCUUUCUUCUUGUUAAUAAAUGAAUCAUUUACCUUUAAAAAUUCCAGAGUUAGAGAGAAUGUACUAAAGUAUUUUCUCUCUCACAAAAGAACAAUGUCAGUUACAUUGCAUUUUAUUAUUAAAGUGUUAGCAGAAUUAGUUUAAAACCACAUCAUAAAAAAGUUCUAGCUAAUUCCUUGAAAUGAAGAUUGGAUCACUAUAGGGUCAGGAACACGAACAUGUAUUCCUGACCCUAUAGUGUUAAAACCACCAUCUAGCUCCCCUGGGCCCCUCAUGCCUCCAUAAAUAUAGUAAAAAUCUUACUGUAUUCAAGCCUGAAGCUGUAAAUCUGCAUGCUGUUAGAUUCAGAAAAACAAACAGUCUGCUGACAUCAUCAGAAGUGGUAGCCUGAUCCAAUCACAAUGCUUCCCCAUAGGAUUGGCUGAGACUGACAAAGAGGCAGAUCGGGGGCAAAGCCAGCAUGAUUCAAAUACAGCCCUGGCCAAUCAGCAUCUCCUCAUAGAGAUUAAUUGAAUCAGUGAAUCUCUAUGAGGAAAGUUCAGUGUCUGCAUGCAGAGGGAGGAGAUACUGAAUGUUUGGAUGCAUUUGAGGCAGCCAUGACCCAGGAAGGAUCUCUAACAGCCAUCUAAGGAGUGUGCCACUGAAGUUAUCACUAGGCUGUAAUGUAAACACUGCAUUUUCUCUGAAAAGACAGUGUUUACUGCAGAAAGCUUGAAGGUAAUGAGUCUACUCACCAGAACAAAUGCAAUAAGCUGUAGUUGUUCUGGUGACUAUAGUGUCCCUUUAAAAAUUAGCACAGAUUCACAAUGUGUGCUCUUGUACACCAGUGGCACAGGCUCUAGGUAAAUAUUUUAUAUAUUUUGUUUGUUUUUAAGAUGACCGCUCCUUUUUAUAUAAUCUUUAUUUAUUGUGCAAUGAUUGACAUACAAGCUUGAGAUGCCACGACGACAGUAACAAGCAUAUUAUAAACAUACAUCGAAAUAUAGUGUCAUGUCAUAUAAGGAAAUUGCUCAUUUUUAUGGGUAUAAUAAGCAGGCUGAACUGUAGAUCUAAACAUCUAAGAUCUGCGAGAGUACAACCUUAAAGAAAAGUUAGGUAGUGCAUGGUAUAUGCUAGGUAGGAGUUAAAGGAACACUAUAGUCACCUAAACCACUUUAGCUUAAUUAAGCAGUUUGUGUGUGUAGAUCAUGCUUCUCAAGUUUCACUGCUCAAUUCUCUGCCAUUUAGGAGUUAAAUAGCUUUGUUUCUGUUUUUGCAGCCCUUGUCACACCUCCCCUGGCUCUGAUUGACACAGCCUGCAUAAAAAAAUAAAUAAAUAAAAAGACUGAUUUCACUUUCAAACAGAUGUAAUUUACCUCUAAACAAUUGUAUCUCUUUCUCUGUAAAUUGAACUUCACAUACAAGAAGUUCUUGCAGGGUCUAGCAAGCUAGUAACAUAGCAGGGGAUAAAAAAAUCUAAAUUAAACAGAACUUGCAAUGAAGGAAGGAUAAACUGUAGAUGACUCUUUACAGGAAUUGUUUAGGAAGGCUAUGCAAGUCACAUGCAGGGAGGUGUGAAUAGGGUUAAUAAACAAAGUGAUUUAACUCUUAAAGGGUAGAUAAUUGAGCAGCGAGACUGCACGGGCAUGAUCUAUACAUCAAAACUGCUUCAUUAAGCUAAAGUUGUUUUGGUGACUAUAGUGUCCCUUUAAGUAAAGCUAAGAAAAUCCUAGUAUAAUAUGCUCGUAUUAACACUGGAGAUAUAAUGCCACUGGGUACUUGUUACUAAAUUGAUGUAGAUGAGUAGGAAUAUAGGAAUCCCUGCAUUACAGAUCAGCCCAAUGCAUUGUGUGUAACAAGAUAAAACAGUGGAACAUAAUAAUUGCACUGAGUGCCUGCUUAGCCACUGGUAUUAAUUAUCAAGCUAGACUAUCUGAUCUGGAUACUGUUGUGUGGGGCCUGGUGUAGUGGGAGACCUAUGGCUGAGUAAGACCCUGCAUCUUCAUCUAACCAAUGCCCAUCAAUGGCAGUACACCGUUCCGUGGAGUGUCCACUGGACCUGGUAAUUAGUUUAGGCAUCUUGUGUAAGGUUCGCAGAAUUUUACGCAAAGCUGUUUGUGUGUUUUUCCCCCAGAUUCAUACUAGUCAAAAAAGUAUAUAUAUUUUUUUUUUAUUCUUUAAAAAAAAAAAACUUAAAUAGUUUUCCAAUUUAUGAAUCCUAGAAAAGAUACCUAAAUAACAUUUUGGUUCUGUAAACUUGAUAAAGGGAGGAAAUCCCAAAUGUUUAUCACAACAAAUUUAGUACAGUAAAAAAGGUGUUUUCAGAAGACCGUAACAAUGGAUUGAAAUAUUGCUCCAAAUUAAGGGGAAAAAAGUAUUUGAUCCCCUGCUACUUUUGAACAUUUGCCCACUGACAAAAAAAUAAGUAUCAUUUUAAUGGUAGGUGUAUUUCAACAGUGAGAGACAGAAAAACGCACGUCAAUAAAGUUAUAAAUUGAUUUGCAUGUCAAUGAGUGAAAUAAGUAUUUGACCACUUCGACUUAGUACUUGGUGGCAAAACCCUUGUUGGCAAUCAAAGAAGUCAGACGUUUCUUGUAGUUGGCCACCAGGUUUGCACACAUUUCAGGAGGAAUUUUGUCCCACUCCUCUAUGCAGAUCCUCUUCAAGUUAUUAAGGUUUCGAGGCUGACGUUUGGCAACUCGAACCUUCAGCUCCCUCCACAGAUUUUCUAUGGGUUUAAGGUCUGGAGAUUGGUUAGGCCACUCCAGGACCUUUAAUGUGCUUCUCCUUGAGCUUCUCCUUUGUUGCCUUAGCUGUGUGUUUUAAGUCAUUGUCAUGCUGGAAUACCCAUUCACGACCUAUUUUCAAUGCUCUAGCUGGGGGAAAUAGGUUCUCACCCAAUAUUUGACGGUACAUGGCCCCGUCCAUCGUCCCUUUGAUGCAGUGCAGUUGUCCUGUCCCCUUAGCAGAAAAACACCCCCAAUGCAUAAUGUUUCCACCUCCAUGUUUGACUGUGGGGAUGGUGUUGUUUGGGUCAGAGACAGCAUUCCUCCUCCUCUAAACACAGUGAGUUGAGUUGAUGCUAAAGUGCUCAAUUUUGGUCUCAUCUGACCACAACACUUUCACCCAGUUCUCCUCUGAAUCAUUCAGAUGUUUAUUGGGAAACUUCAGACGGGCCUGUACAUCUGCUUUUUUGAGCAGGGGAACCUUGCGAGUGCUGCAAGAUUUCAGUCCUUCACGUCGUAGUGUGUUACCAAUUGUUUUCUUGGUAACUAUGGUCCCAACUGCCUUGAGAUCAUUAACAAGAUCCUCCCAUGUAGUUCUGGGCUGAUUCCUCCAUGAGGUGAGAUCUUGCAUGGAGCACCAGACUGAGGGAGACUGACAGUUAUUUUGGGUUUCUUCCAUUUGAGAAUAAAUCGCACCAACUGUUGUCACCUUCUCACCAAGCUGUUUGGCGAUGGUCUUGUAGCCCAUUCUAGUCGUGUGUAGGUCUACAAUCUUGUCCCUGACAUCCUUGGACAGCUCUUUGGUCUUGGCCAUGGUGGAGAGUUUGGAAUCUGAUUGCUUCUGUGGACAGGUGUCAUUUAUACAGGCAACAAGUUGAGAUUAGGAGCACUCCCUUUAAGAGAGCGCUCCUAAUCUCAGCUCCUUACCUGUUAGAAAGACAUCUGGGAGCCAGAAAUCUUGCUGAUUGAUAGGGGAUCAAAUACUUAUUUCAUUCAUUGACAUGCAAAUCAAUGUAUAACUUUUUUGACAUGCGUUUUUCUGGAUUACUAUUUUUUUUUUUUUUUGUUCUGUCUCUCACUGUUAAAAUACACCUACCAUUAAAGUUAUAGACUGAUCCUGAUUCCCAAAACAGGAAAAGAUCCCUCAAAUACAUUAAAUUAUAGAAUGAUUUCUUUAAUAAAUCUAGAUUUAAAAAUCUCACAUUUUAGCAAACUGAUUAAAAGCCGUUUUUUUCUGAUAUAGUUGCAGUAGACCAGUCGGGUUUCAUCAGGGACUGUGGUACAACAGAUAAUAUUCGUAGAGUACUCAAUUUGAUUAUUAAAAGCAAUCCUAUGUAUUCAGAAUUGGCCAUUUUGGCAAUUGACGCAGAAAAGGCAUUUGACAGGGUUAAUUGGAGGUUUUUAGAUAGAGUACUAAAUACAUUUGGAUUUCGAGGCCACUUUAAAGAUACAAUCAUGUCAUUAUAUAUAGCGCCAUCUGCGAAAAUUAUAAAUCCAUUUUUUCGAAUUAUCUACCUUUCCAAUAAAAAAAAUGGCAAGAGGCAAGGCUGCCCAUUGGCCCCAUUACAAUAUAUCUUAUCUUUUGAGCCAUUGGCUAUUAUGAUUAGAGAUAAAGUAGUACAUGGGAUUAAAUCAGCCGAUCGGGAAUAUAACAUUUCUCUAUUUGCGGAUGAUGUUCUUCUGUCCCUGGUGAGGCCCGCAAUCUCUAUUCCAGAAGUUUUUAAAAUAACUGAAAUCUAUGGAACUAUCUCAAACUAUAAAAUUAACAUAACGAAAACUAAGAUUAUGGUUUUAAAUGUGUCUGAGGCUGAACUUUCUAUAAUCUGAAACUUAACUUUCAGUUUAAUUGGAACCCGGAGUAUAUUGAGUAUCUGGGUAUUAAGUUAUCUUAAUAUUCAGAAUAUAAUACACUGUAACUAUGAUAAUCUAUAUUUUUCUAUUAAUAAGCAACUGUCCAAGUGGACCAAAACUGAGAUCUCAUGGUUGGGGUGCUUAAAUAUAGUUAAUGCGUAUUUUAUUCCAAAAGUAUUAUAUUUUUUUAGGUGGAGGCAAAUAAACGCCCAAGAAUAUCUCAAAAUAACUAUGACAAAGGCGGUAUCUCAUUCACUGAUAUUGCAAAAUUACAUCAAACAUGUUUAGCUACGAAUGUAAUGUUGUGGUCUAACUCGAAUAUUCAGAAUAAAAACUGGUACCAAAUAGAACAGUUUAUGUGGAAACUUAAUGUAUUCUGGACAGAAGAUUCAAUUAAAAUUAAGCAAAGAAAACCUCAAAAUCAAAUAAUAGUGGAUAUGUUAGAUGUGCUAAAAAAGUUGAAAAGCAAACUUAAUCUUUCAGACUAUAUCCUUAUAUAUGAUCAAAGUAGGAUCAGCGCUAGUAAUGCCACAGAAAAUAUGUAAAAUAGUAAGAAGGCAGCACACCUAAAAAGGGGUAACCCUCCUAUCCCCUAUAGCUAAAUCAGAAAUGGAAAGAACAAAGGAAAUAGGGCGCGCCUUUAAUAAAAAUACAUUGAUAUAAUCACUAAAAAGUACAGUAAAAAUAAGAAUAAAAAAGUCCAAAAGUAGUAGUCCACAGGUAUAUAGGGAGUGUUCUUUGUAGUGUGAUAUGGUAUCGUCCCGGAUGAUGACUUGUAUUUUUCAGUGAGUCAUAUGUGGAAAAAUAAAAAGAGCAACCAAAUGGUCAGUAUGUUGGUAUAGGUGGAUAUAUAUAUAAGAUAAAAUGGAAUUACUCACAAUUUGCAGAGCUAAAAUCCAGCUCUGGUAUCAAGUGCGUGAAGUGGAAUGAUCCCCACUCAAGGAUAUAUGGAGCCGUUACUUGUAGGAUGGGUGGUCCACCAAGGAUUCCAACCGGAAAUUAAAACAAAUAAAAUAUAUAGUGCUCACUGUUUAUUUAAAAUUGAGUUAAGAAAUUGUAUGAAAUGUACUCACGAUGUAUGAUCUCUGCUCAAUUUUAGGCGUAUGGGUGAUAUAAUCCCCACCUAGGGAUAUUUCCUUAAAGGCCAAAAUUCCUUUAUUAUUACAAUGUAAAAUUAUUAAAAUAUUAAUAAUAAUGGUCCAAAUGGACCAAAACUGAGAUCUCAUGCUUGGGGUGCUUAAAUAUAGUGAAUGCGUAUUUUGUUCCAAAAGUAUUAUAUUUUUUUAAGUGGAGGCAAAUAAACGCCCAAGAAUAUCUCAAAAUAACUAUGACAAAGGCAGUAUCUCAUUCACUGAUAUUGCAAAAUUAGAUCAAACAUGUUUAGCUGCGAAUGUAAUGUUUUGGUCUAACUCGAAUGUUCAGAAUAAAAACUGGUACCAAAUAGAACAGUUUAUGUGGAAACUUAAAUAAUGUAUUCUGGACAGAAGAUUCAAUUAAAAUUAAGCAAAGAAAACCUCAAAAUCAAAUAAUAGUGGAUAUGUUAGAUGUGCUAAAAAAGUUGAAAAGCAAACUUAAUCUUUCAGACUCUAUCCUUAUAUAUGCCCCUAUAGAAACUUUACAAUAUGAUCUGAUUGAUCUGGAUAUGCAGAAAUGGAGGCUAGGGAAAAAUUAAAUGAUUGAUCUUUUUGAAGAUAAAGUUCUGAUUAGCUUUCCUGGCUUGAAAACGAAAUACAAUGUACCCUUUAGGGAUACUUUUCUAUAUAGAAGGUAUAAACACCAUCUUAAUUUUUUUUGUUUUUUUGAACAUCCUAUCUUCAGAUAUUUAGAUAAUGUAGGUACUAGAGGUUUAAUAACUAGAUCUUCUAAACUUUUGGAUGUGGAAGAUGAUGUUAUAAAAAUGUCACCAAUAGAAGAAUGGAAAAAGGAUCUCAAUGUAAUCUACACCCCAUAUGAAUGGUACCAAACCACUAUCAAACUAAAAAUAUAUAUACAUUGUAUAUCCCUGAUAGAACUUCAUCUAAAGAUCCGAUAUACCAUAUAAACUCUAGUAUAAGCCGACCCAAGUAUAAGCCGUGGCACCUAAUUUUACCACAAAAAAAUGGGGAAAACGUAUUGACUCGAGUAUAAGUGGGAAAUGCACUGGGGUGGGAAAUGCAGCAGCUACCGGUAUCAAAAUGCAAUGCAAAGCUUAAGAUUAUCCCAUGACUAAUGGGAGUUAUAGUCACAUUACAGACUGUGCACUUAUUCACUAAAACCUGAUCUAAAAAAAACAAAACACAUUUAACCCCUUAAGGACCAAACUUCUGGAAUAAAAGAGAAUCAUGACAUGUCACACGUCAUGUGUCCUUAAGGGGUUAAAGCAAAAGGAAAAAUCCUCUUUUAGAGAAUUUGCUGGGUUUUUUCUCUCACCCCCACCUCCUUAGUGGUCCUUUCCCCCUUCUCCUCCCCCCACCUCCUUAGUGGUCCUUCACCCCCCCUCCCCCCACCUCCUUAGUGGUCCUUUCCCCCUUCUCCCCUCCUUAGUGGUCCUUUCCCCCUUCUCCCCUCCUUAGUGGUCCUUUUCCCCUUCACACCCCACCCCACCUCCUUAGUGGUCCUUUCCCCCUUCACCCCCCUCCCCACCUCCCUUAGUGGUCCUUACCUCCUUAGUGGUCCUUUCCCCUUCUCCUCCCACCCACCUCCUUAGUGGUCCUUUCCCCCCUUCUCCUCCCCCACAUCCUCAGUGGUCCUUUUCCCCUUCUCCUCCCCCAUCCUUAGUGGUCCUUUUCCCCUUCUCCCACAUCCUUAGUGUUCCUUUCCCCAUUCUCUCCCCCACAUUCUUAGUGGUCCUUUCCCUUCUCCCCCCCACCUCCUCAGUGGUCCUUUCCCCCUUCUCCUCCCCACCUCCUUAGUGGUCCUUGUCACGAACGCACCCUACUCCAAGGGUGUGCGUGACGUAGUUGUGGUGGUGAAAGGGUUAAAGUACACUAUUUGUCUGCACUAGACUGGAAAUAAUGACCAAAUCCCCCUUUAACACCACCCACACUUAAACAUAAUAAUAUAACUAUUACUACUUUAACGCUGCCACCACCAAGACAAUUUAUAAAUGGGGUGUCUUGGUCCCCCAGGUAAAUCAAUAAUAAAACCCACCAAAUAUUACUUAAUACAAUAUUUAAGGAAUUAUAAAAAUACUAACUAGUCUCUUCAGGUAACGUGAUUCUUAAACAGACAAAGGCAAAACUUAAUAAAUGAAUGUUUAUUAUGAGCAAAAGAUAGUCACAGUGCAUAUAAAAAUAUAUGAUAAACAAAUUAUUUACACCAACAACAGAUAAAAACAAAAAGGAUAAAAUACAGAAGUCCUAAUUACUCACUUAGGUUUUCAAAGUACAACUUCUGUCCAGGGGGUCUCUGGCAAGGAAAGAUGGUGACUCACUCAAAAUUAGAUCUUGGCCCCAAGCAAGUACACAAACACCCUUCAGGAUCAUUAGAUAUAUACCCUGUGGUUUAUCAAGUCUUGCCCAGGGGUGGAGUUAAGGCAUACCUACAGUAAUAAUAACUGACCACCUCCUUUGUUCCAGACCACUGUCAAUCCAAAUGGAAACAUUUGACUCUAUCUUCUUUUUUGUACCUGCCACAGAAAUAAUAAUUGCAUCUACAAAUUUAUUAUUUUCCCAUUCCAUAGACAUGUUGCACGUCCCACCCACGAUCCAAUAGGACGGACAUCACAAUUCCUUUCCCUAGGGUCAAGUUAGGCCACUCAUGUUUGGACUUGGUUAGAAGAUGGCGCUUGUCACAUUCCAAAUAUAACAAAAAUGAGGCUUUAUUAUUAUUCUGUGGGGGUAAAUAUGAAUGUUUUUUGUCCUUCCUUUGGAUAUGAUACUAGAACAAAGCUAAUGGCAUUUGCAUAUCAAAGAGAUUUACUCAUCCCUUACAAGGUACAUGCCAAAUGGAUGAAGAGACAUUCAGACUUUUUCCAAGUGUAGAACCUCACACCUUGCAGAGCUUUUAUUACUUCACAUCCAUAUAGUAAAAUCCUUUUCACAUUCCUAUACCAUUCACACUACCCCUUCUGUCAUCUGACCUCUGUGGGGGUCCCAGCUUCAAAAGAUGUAACCCCUGUUGACCUCAGCAAUAGCAUCUCUGUAAUUUGUGCCAUUUACUACAAGAAAUCACAUUAAAAGAUGAUAUUCCAUAGUCUCAUAAUAAAUUAUACACCCUUGCCGUGACAGUCCUUUCCCCCUUCUCCCCCCCCACCUCCUCAGUGGUCCUUUCCCCCUUCUCCCCCCAACCUCCUUAGUGGUCCUUUCCCCCUUCUCUCCCCCACCUCCUUAGUGGUCCUUUUCCCCUUCUCCCCCACCUCCUGGUGAUUUUUCCCCUUCUCCCCACCUCCUUAGUGGUCCUUUCCCCUUCUCUCCCCACCUCCUUAGUGGUCCUUUCCCAUCCCCCACCUCCUUAGUGGUCCGAUCCUUCUCCCCCUCACCUCCUUAGUGGUCCUUUCCCCCUGUUGUCCUACCUAUGUAGCGUGGCCGGGCGGCACAGACCGCAGUACAGGAACUUCUGUUUCCUGUACCCGGCCACCGGCUGACUGAAGGGGAAGUGCUCGCUGUGCACUUCCCUCCUGCCGGUCACCUAAAUCUAGCGCCUCCCAGGCCAGUGCGCCCUAGGGAAGCUCGAGUAUAAGCAAUGGGGGGGGCUUUUUCAGCAUAAUAAAUGUGCUGAAAAAGUCGGUUUAUACUCAAUUAUAUAUGGUAGAUGGUAUCAGGUCUCAAAACUACAUAAAAUCUAUGAAGCCUAUUCGCCUCUAUGUUGGUGUUGUCAGAAAGAGAUUGGCACAGUAUUUCAUAUAUGGUAUACAUGUCCGAUACUAAAUGACACCAAGACAUUUAUAAUAUCCCUGAUAGCUAACUUAAUUCACAACACCAUUAUACUUACACCUUCCCUUUUUAAAUUUAAUUUAGACUUCCCAAUAAUGGAGAAAAAACACAAAUGCCUAAUCACACAUAUACUUUAUGCCUAGUUAUCUAUAGCUCGUGACUGGAAAUCUAGUUUUUCUCCAUCCUGCCAAGAAAUUCUAAACCAGAUAGAGUAUCAGUACACAAUGGAAUGUAACUUUAUUCCUACUUUGAAAAUAUUUACUUCCUAUCGCAAAUAUUGGCACCCUUGGGCGGAAUAUAGAAACAAUACAAACUAGCUUGUCAUAGGGUUGGGACAUGUAAACCAGGGGUGUUCCACUUUUUAUUUAGGUCAAAUAAGAUUCCCUUGGAUAUAUCAAUCCUCAUGCUUACUACCGAGCCCCAAUGAUUGCAGUUAUUUUUUAUAUAUGUUCUUUAUAUAUUUCAUGCUACAUGUACAUUACUGUAAAUAUUUCUGUAUAAGUUAUGUAUGAACAUUUUGUUAAUGAGCAUUGAAAUAUGUGUUGUAAAUAAAUAAAAAUAGAUAAAGAAUUUUCAAAAAAAUUAUAGACUGAUCAUUUCUUUGUCAGUGGACCAAAUACCUUUUUCCCCACACUGUAUAUAUCAUAUAAAUACUUCCACCAUAGAUGUGUCAUAUCUACUCUCAUUAUAUGUAUAAAGAGAUUUGCUAAACUAACCCCUUCAGGACCGGCCUAUUUUGGCCAUGUUGUACGUUAAGGACCAGGGCUCUUUUAACUCUUUUGUGGUGUUUGUGUUUUAACUGUAAUUUUUCGCGCUCUCAUCUACUGUUCCCUUUAAGUUAUAUAUUGUUUGGGGGUUUUUUCAGGACAAAAAGGGCUUUCUUUACAUACCAUUAUUUGUAUCAUGUCAUAUAAUUUACUUUAAAAAAAUAAUUAAAUAUGGUGAAAAAUUAAAAAAACAAACAUGUUUUUUGACUUUUGCUUGAAAAAUCUUUUACUUACUUAUGAAAGCUAAUGAAAAAAACUGCUAAAUAGAUUCAAAAUUUUGUCCUGAGUUUAAAAACACCCAGUGCUUUUUUUGCUUUUUUUUGAAAGUUAUAGGGCUAUAAGCACAAAUAGGAAAUUGCUGUUUCAAAAUAUAUAUUUUUAAAAUGUAUCAAUAGUGACAUUGUAACACUGUUAUCUGUCAUAAAUCUAUGAAUCACACCCCACAUGUACAUAUUUUUUUUAAAGUAGACAACCCAGGGUAUUCAAUAUUCAAUAUGGGGUAUGUCCAGUCUUUUUUAGUAGCCACUUGGUCACAAACACUGGCCAAAGUUAGCGUUCAUAUUUGUUUGUGUGUGAAAAAAGUAAAAAACUAAAUUGAACGCUAAGUUUGGCCAGUGUUUGUGACUAAAUGGCUACUAAACAAGACUGGACAUACCCCAUUUGCAAUACCUUGGGUUGUCUACUAUUGCAAAUGGUAUGCCAUCCUAGGGGUAAUUCUCAUUCAUGGGCUACCAUACACUCUCAAAGGCAACAUAAACAACCUGGCAAUUUUCAAUGUAAAAAUAUUUUACCCUUAUAUUUGACCCUGUAAUUUUCAAAAACGCUAUAAAACGUAUACAUGGGAGUACUAUUAUACAGGAGACUGAACACAAAUAUUAGUGUUUCAAAACAGUAAAAUGUAUCACAACAAUUACCGUAUAUACUCGAGUAUAAGUCGACCCGAAUAUAAGUCGAGACCCCUAAUUUUACCCCAAAAAACUGGGAAAACUUAUUGAUUCGAGUAUAAGACUAGGAUGGGAAAUGCAGCAGCUACUGGUAAAUUUCUAAAUAAAAUUAUAUCCCCCCAAAAUUAUAUUAAUUGAAUAUUUAUUUACAGUGUGUGUGUAUAUAAUGAAUGCAGUGUGUGUGUGUGUGUGUGUGUGUGUGUGAUGCAGAGUGUGUUUGUGUAUGUGAUGCAGAGCCUUGGUGGGGGGUGGGCAUUUUUAUUAUUUUUAAUUAUUAUUAUUAUUUUAAUAUUAAAUUUUUUUGUUAUUUAUUUUAUCAUUGUUUAAUAUUAUUUUAUUAUUAUUUAAAUUUGUAUUUAUUUAUUUUUUGUCCCCCUCCCUGCUUGUUAGCUGGCCAGGGAGGGGGGCUCUCACUUCCUGGUGGUCCAGUGGCAUGGGCUGUGUAGGAGGGGGGCUGGCAGAGAGCUGUAACUUACCUUUCCUGCAGCUCCUGUCAGCUCUCUUCUCUCUCCUCCGGUCCGGUCAGCUUCCCUGUCAGCUCCCACUGUAAGUCUCGCGGUGUGACUGCCACGCGGAGCAUUGCCACGGUAAUCCGUGGCAACACUCUGACCCCGCGGCUCUCGCGAGACUUACACUGGAGCUGACAGGGGAGCUGACGGACCGGAGGAGAGAGAAGGGAGCUGCAGGAAAGGUAAGUUACAGCUCGCUGCCAACUUAAUAAAUAAAAAUGCCCACGCCCCACCAAGGCUCUGCAUCACAUACACAAACACACUCUGCAUCACACACACACACACUGCACUCAUACAUACUUGUCAUGAGCCCGGCUGUCGAGUGGGGGUCUUUCAGCACAAAAAAACGUGCCGAAAAACUCGAUUUAUACUCGAGUAUAUACGGUAUAUCAUCAGUGUAAGUGCUGUUUGUGUGUGAAAAAUGCAAAAAAAAAGUCGCAGUAUCAUUGCUGUGAUAUGUUUUACUGUUUUGAAACACUAAUAUUUGUGUUCAGCUAAGUUAUUUUUUUUUGAUUAUACACUUCCAGGGAGACUGCCUGUCAGCAAAGGCAGACACUUGGACACCUAUUGUGACCAUGUGACCGCUCUGUUGAGCGAUCACAUGGGCGCAGGGUCCUAAUUUGCCGUGGGGAAACUGCCUGGGCUGUCAGGCAGUCUCCCCACACCGGGAACAACGGCAAUCGGGUAAGUACAUAUUACCGUUAUGACGGUUCAGGAUCGUCACCAGUCCUCAAGGGGAUUUUUCCGAUGACUGUCCUAAACCGUCCACGGUCGGGAAGGGGUUAAUUGCCAGUUUUCAUCAAUGAAUAAUGUUUGUUUAUAAAACGAAGCUCUUCCUCUUCUGCAGUAUGGUUUUUGCACCAAGCUUGCAAAUAAGCUAACCAAAGCCUUAUUAGUAUAGUAGUUGUGUCUGAGUAUCUUAGCUAGAUGGCAGCAGAGCCUGAAAAGUUCAGAUUUAGUCUUGACAAUUUCUGCUUUAUGGGAUUUAAAGAACAUUACAAGAAAUUCUUAUUGGACUCAUUUCGUGUUUAGUGAACUGCAUAAGACAAUCUGCAGAUGAUAGAUACAAACAUAUGGUGGUGUGUUUUAAUUUAUUUUUAUUUCUCAUGCAGACGAAGAAUCGUCCCCUGCUGACGGAAAGAUCCUAUUUAAAAAGCCUGUAAAACGUUCCUCUGGUGACAAGUUUUCAGGCAUUAAUGCCAGUUCUAGCAAAAAGCAGAAGCCAGAAGAAAGUAAAGAUUUGAGUAGCAAAUCAAGCCAGAAACAAGUGCGAAAUAGCAGUUUACUCUCAUUUGAUGAUGGUGAAGAUGAAGAUUAGUGUUUUUGUGUAGACCAUUCCGUCUUCAGUUUUUAUAUUUAACUAAGCAGGUCUCUUGACCUGUAAUUGUACAAAAUGUAAUUGAUUGUCAACCAAAUAUUCAUUUUUAGUCGGUUUCUGAAAAAACAUUUUUGGGAAUAGCCAACAAUAAAAAUAUCACUUUUGUAAAAUAUUGCUGUUACACUUUUUAUGUGUAUGCUGUAUUGUUGUUUUGUUUUUAAGUGGGUAGCUUAACUUUUUUUUUAUUUUGCUGUAGACUGAACAUUGAGUUUUACAAGUUGUACUUGAAAAAUAGUAAUAAAAUGUAAAAUUGCCUUUGGAUUUUCAAUUAAUGAGAAAUAGAAUCUAUUUGGUCAGGGAUGAUUUUAAUGGUUUAAUUUUCUUUUUAGUUUGCUGUGUUAAGACUCAUUACCACUAUUAAAAUGGUUUUGUUAACCGUAAAGUAACAGUCUUUAAUUAAAACUUUUUUGGAUUUUUUUUAUCAC